AUGAACAAGUUAUUAUUCGCAUUGUUUGCAGUUUUCUGCUGUUUCGCUGUAGCUUCAGCCGAUAUUUGGUCAUUUUGCGAUGGUCAAGACCCAACCACUUUCACCUUCCAAGUUAGCACCUUGACCCUCACUCCAGAUCCCCCAGUCAUCGGUAUGAAUGCUACUGUCAACGUUGCUGGUAACUUUACCGAAGAAAUCACUGGUGGUUCAUCUACCUUUGUCGUCCAAUACCAAGUCGGUAACUCUUGGAUCUCCCUCCCAUCUUUCACCUCUAACGUCUGUGACUCUUAUGAAUGCCCAAUUCAACCAGGUCCAGUCACCAGAGUCGAAUCAAUCUUUGUUCCAUCAUUUACUCCACAUGGAAACUAUCGUGGUCAAUUAGAAGUUACUGACCAAAGUGGAAACACCAUUACCUGUAUUCAAUUUGUUACUUCAAUGAACUAA